UUGCUCUCUGCUCUCAGCUGUCGCGCUCCGCGAGCAGCGCUGGCUCGCUCCAAUAUUUCAACUCGCUGUGGAUUGUGGGAGACGGGGGUAGGGUACUGCCCAGGCUUGUAACCGGAGAUCGAGAGGAAAUUUUCCGCUGCGCUCUCGCUUCUAGCCUGACACUGGUAGCAGUGACAGCACCAUGUCCAGUCGAGGAGGAAAGAAGAAGUCCACCAAGACCUCCCGGUCCACCAAGGCCGGGGUCAUCUUCCCCGUGGGGCGCAUGCUGCGCUACAUCAAGAGGGGAUUGCCUAAAUAUCGCAUUGGGGUGGGAGCUCCUGUCUACCUGGCUGCUGUUCUCGAAUAUCUUACUGCUGAGAUCCUGGAGUUAGCAGGUAAUGCAGCCAGAGACAAUAAAAAAGGUCGUGUAACGCCACGGCACAUCCUGCUGGCCAUCGCCAAUGAUGAGGAGUUGAACCAGUUGCUGAAAGGUGUGACCAUUGCAGCAGGUGGAGUCCUGCCCAACAUUCAUCCAGAGCUGCUGGCCAAGAAGAGAGGCGCCAAGGGGAAACUGGAGACGCCCGUCUCACCUGCCCCCGAGAAGAAACCCAAGUCGGUCAAGAAAACGACAGCUAAGAAACAGAGUGGGAAAAAGGCAGGAGGCAAGGCUAAGAAGCAGGGUGAGGUGAGCAAGGCGGCGUCAGCAGACAGCACUACAGAGGGAUCUCCAUCUGACAGCUUCACCGUGCUCUCCACCAAGAGCCUCUUCCUGGGUCAGAAGUUGCAAGUUGUCCAAGCCGACAUUUCCAUCGUGGAGAGCGACGCUGUCGUUCACCCGACCAACUCCUCCCUCUAUACAGGUGGUGAAGUAGGCUCUGCCCUGGAAAAAAAGGGAGGGAAAGAGUUCACUGAUGCACUGCAAGAGCUGAAGAAGAAAAAUGGCCCUCUGGAGGUAGCUGGUGCUGUGUUGACCUCUGGCUUUGGUCUGCCUGCUAAGUACGUUAUCCACUGUAACAGUCCAGGCUGGGGCUCCGACAAGUGCGAGGAGAUGCUAGACAAGACGGUGAAGAACUGCCUCGCUCUGGCAGAUGAGAAGAAGCUCAAGUCUGUGGCAUUUCCCUCCAUUGGGAGUGGAAGGAAUGGGUUCCCGAAGCAGACGGCGGCCCAGCUGAUCCUCAAGGCCAUCUCCAGCUACUUUGUGGCCACCAUGUCUUCUACCAUCAAGACCGUGUACUUCGUGCUGUUUGACAGCGAGAGCAUCGGGAUCUACGUGCAAGAAAUGGCAAAGCUGGAGACGAGCUAAAAGUUUGGAAUAUUCCCCUCCUUGUUUUUACCUGCAAGGAAAGAAGAAGGUGUUUACUAGUGAUCAGUUAAUUUUGAAAAGAAGAAGAAAAAGAAGAAUCUUUUUAAAGGGCGGGAACUUUUAUUUUAUUUUAUUUGAUUUUUUUUGCAUUGAGUUUGUGAAUUUCCUAUAUUGUUUUUAAUUUCCUAUUUACUUGUCACCACUGGCAUUUAAAUGUAGAUGUGCACUAUUCAUUCUGCAGUCUAUUAACACAAACAGUGCCGCACAAAACAGAUUCAACAAGUGAGGUCACUCGAAGGUUUAAUUUUCAGAAUAUAUAUAUAUACAGUUAAAAAGACGUUACAGGACAUAGCUACACCUCAAGUACAAAAGGCUUCCAGAAAAGUCCGAUGAAUACGGGUUAAUGCAUGUAAAGACAAUACAGAAAAUAAAAACCGCUACACUCAUUCUUCCGUGCUCAGUAACACAGGACACUUAAUUGUGUGUUGUUUUUUUGUUUUGUUUUGUUUUUUUGGUAUCAGUUCUGCGUUUUGGAUCGUUUGUUGGUAUUACACUGUGUAAUGAAAAGCAUAAAGAAAAGUUCAGUUUGAUUUGGUCUUUAUGAGACCCUAUAAAACACUAAAGGAAUGAGUUUUUGUUUUUGUGUUGUGUGUUGCAAAUUCCUCUUUUUUUGCCUUUGAUUCCACAGGCAAAAGAUGCUUUCUCAGUGUGCUGCAGAUACCUUCACUUUCUCCCCACAAAAAACUUUAAUUGGGGAAAAAAAAAAGUUUAUUGCAACAUAUGUCUUGAUACUACUUUUAAGAGUUUAUACUGUAGUCUGAGCGGAUUUUGGUUCUUACCAGAAAAAUCAAAGUUUAUAAACAAUAAAUGGAGAUUGGAGGUCUUUGCAGAGCAGCAAUGGGUUAUAUUGUGUGUUCCUAUAAGUGUUUAUAAUAGAUGGAGUAUUUGUGAAAUGUUAUAGUAAAAUAAUGGACUGUAACAUAGAUUUUUAUUUUCUAUUUUAGUUUUCAGACAGAUUCUAAAUGGCAUGGGAUUUGGAAGAAAAAAACUGUAGAUUUGUUUUCUUCGUGAGUGUAUUUUGUCUUUGUUAAGCCAUAAAACAUUCAGUAUGUACUCAUUUUCUUACUGGAAAUGGAGGCUGUCUGCCUUUGCUUUUGGUUUGUUUUUUUUAACUCGGCCACCACCAGAUGGCUCCCUGUACUCACAAAUUGGAUUCUCCAUCUCAGCCAUUUUCUGUGCAGCAGCAGACCUCUUCACACAGACAGCCGUCGAUUUGAGUUGGAUUUGAAUUGGGACUAAUGAACAAAUACGAGGAACCAGACUGUUUUGCUGCAUUUAGACUUUUCAACAGCCUAACUUUCUUAUGGAAAAAAAAAAAACCAAUGUUAAGGUGCUUUCUAAGUAAUUGCUACAAUUGAUGAUUAUGAAAGGUCUGUACACA